AUGAAAUCGUUCGUGAUUCUGUCAGUUCUCGUAGCGCUAGCUUAUGGUGCUCCACAGUUCAACUACCCCCAGCAACAAUACGUAAACCAGGUUAUUCCCAUCAUAAGGCAAACUCAAGAACUUAACCCUGAUGGUUCUUAUCAAUGGAGUUAUGAAACCGGAAAUGGAAUAGCUGCGCAAGAGCAAGGCUUUUUGAAGAAUCCCGGUAUCAAGGAUGCGGAAGCUCAAGUUGCCCAGGGAUCCUUCAGUUACACUUCCCCCGAGGGCAUCCCUAUUGCUCUGAACUACAUUGCUGAUGAGAACGGUUUCCGCGCCCAGGGUGCUCAUUUGCCCACCCCUCCACCAAUUCCAGAAGCCAUCGCUCGAGCUCUCCAAUACAUUCAGUCUCAACCCCCCCAACCACAGCCCGCUUUCCAAGGCCCAUUCAGGGGUUAA